CAUGGAAGGACAUCCCGGAAAGAAAAACCCACAAAGGAAAAAUCUGGUAUGGGUGCCCUCUCACCUCGAAAGCUUCCCUUGAUAGAUUUCUGCAAGAAUGACAUUAAGCCAGGAAGCACCGAUUGGGAUUCAGUGCAGAAAGAGGUUGUCGAAGCACUUGAAGAGUACGGUUGUUUUGAGGCUCGAUACGACAAGAUCGGUGUUGAGCUUCACGAUGAUGUCCUCAAGCAAUUGGAAGAUCUGUUCAACCUUCCGGCUGAGACGAAGCGCCGUUUUGUCGACACUCGAAAGCCGUACGACGGGUACCUCGAGGACUUGCCUCAGUCUCCUCUUUACGAAGCAAUGGGAGUCUCCGGCGUGCUGGACUCCGGAGGCAUUCGGAAGUUAGCCGACCUCAUGUGGCCUCAAGGGAAUCCAAUAUUUUGUGAAACACUGAAUUCAUAUGCCAUGAGGCUAUCCGAGUUGGAAUCACUGAUCACCCGGAUGGUGUUCCGAAGCCUAGGCGUGGAGAAGUAUCUGGAUUCGCAUGCCGAAUCCUUGAACCACUCGAUCCGAGUCAUGAGAUACAAAGCGCCGAUGACUCGGGAGCCUCAGAUCAGGGCACGCUCGCACUGUGACAAGAACUUCUUGACCAUACUCCAACAAAAUCAUGUCAAUGGAUUGGAGGUGCAAACAAUGGAUGGGAAGUGGAUUCAAGUCGCACCUUCGGCUUCCACCUUCGUAGUCAUGGUUGGAGAGUCAUUUCUGGGAUGGAGCAAUGGCCGAUUGCACUGCCCUGCACACCGGGUGAUGAUGACCGGGAAGGAGGCGAGGUACUCGGUCGGCUCGUUCUCGGCCAUAAGAGGAGUGAUCACGUGCCCGCCCGAGCUGGUGGACGAGCAACAUCCCUUGCUCUUCAAGCCCUUCGACGAAGUUGGUCUGCUCCGAUUCCGCCAAACCGAGCAAGGCCUCAAGGCCGAGUCCACUCUUAAGGCCUACUGUGGUGUUUGAGCAUGUUUCGCUGUUAUUCUUCGGUAACGAUCUGCUUUUAUUAGCGAAAGAGUUACUUGGUGAUCGCUAGUCCUGGAAAUGUUGAAGCGUCGUCGUUGGUGAGCGUGAGCGUGAUUGUCUUAGUGCGGAGUGAAUAAGGUUCCACAGGCCAUUGAUUAGACGCCAAACGUCCUGCGGGAAACUGAACUUCUUAAGUUCUCGUGCGAAUGUAACUGGUUUGUCUCGGAA